AUGCUACCCGAUGACGUUGAGGGGAAAGGAAGGACGGGCGGUCGCGUUUCAGUAUCAGCUGAUGUCAAGAAGGCUGCAAAGAAUGCUCUAUCAUACGCUAAACGUAAGGGGGUUCUGACAUAUGCUGUUGAUGCUGGAGAAACGUAUCUUUUAAGCAGAGCUACAAAACCUGAGCAUGAGACACUAAUCAAAUCUGUACGUGGUGAAGUGCGACGACGCUACGGUGUUGGGGUGCCUAAAAGUAAGAGGCCUGCAAAAGGGUCCGCUGAGAUGAAGGCUAGAAUGGCUGCGGUUCGUGCUAAGCGAAAGACCGGGGGUAGUUUUAGACUGUAA